AUGUUCGGGUACGCGCAGACGGACGGCGGCGCGAGCGCGGGCGCGGAGGCGGCGGCGAGGGAAGAAUUCGACGACGGGGCGAUGGAAUUCAUCGCGGCGUCGAGCGCGCGAGGACGCGCGCGCGGCGAGGAGGGCGACGCGGACGCGCGAGGACGCGCGUUGGCGUGCUCGGUGAGCGGAUUCGGCGCGAGCGGGAGCGCGCGAGCGGCCAAGGUGGAAAAUUUUAUCGCGGCGAGACGACGCGCGACGAAACGGUUGGCGCCGUGGUACGAGGGAUCGCGCGCGAGGAUCCACGCGAUGGCGCACUCGCGCGAUGGGGAAAGCUUGUUGUGCUGCACGAGCGCGGGAGGGGUGUACGUGGUGCCGAUUUUGGAGUUGACGCGUGACGCGGAGGCGUCGCCGGCGAUGCGGGUGUUGGCGUCGAGAGGGCCGAAGCCGGCGAGCGCGCUGUGGUGGUAUCGCGCGCUCGAACCCGAGCGCGAGGAUCCGGUGGUGGGGAUAUGCGUCGGCGUGGACGGGGAGGUGCGGGCGUGGGACGUGAAGGAGGGGUCGCCUCUGGGCGCGUGCGUCGUCGGCGCCAAGUGCGCGAGCGCGGAGCUCGCGCGCGGCGCGACGAAGCAAUUUCUCGUCAUCAACGGUGUUCAGGGCGAAGUUUGGACGUUGAUGCUGGAGAAAAUGUCGCGCGUGGUGAAGACGUCGACGAGCGAAAAAGGCAAGGUGGAGACGACGACCAAGGCUGAAUCGUUACCGGACGCCGCGGGUUCGCACGGAUUCGCCGCGCACCUGCUCAAGGAUGAGUACGGCGUUCGCGAGGGGCGGCAGGUGACGCUGAGCGUGCAAGAGACCGGCGAGAGCGAUGGAUAUUCGCUCAUCGCUGCGUUGAUCGAUCGCCGUACGUUGGAGUUGUACGACGUGGAUCGCGCCACCGAGCCAAAAUCCACGCACGCGUUGCCGAAUCACACCGUCGCCGUGCACGUGACUGAAGAUUUAAUAUUCGCCUUGGUGCGCGAACCGGUUUUCGGUGAGGAAGAUCUCGCAGACUUAACCUCAUUCACCGCGUCCGUGCACGUGUUGGCGCGAAGAUUCGGGACCGACGGUUCCAAGUCGUUUACGCUGCAGACGUUUCACGUGCCGCGCUCCGCGGGCGUGCCAAAAAAGUUCCUCGCGGCUGAGCUCCCGGAAACGUACGUGCGAAGACGAGAGACGCUGUGCGGAUGCAUGUUGUGGACAUCGUACGGGGUGUACGAAAUUAAGUCAAAAGUCGACAUCGCGUCUACGCUGCGAUCGUUCAUGUCGCCGAACGCGGUCGUUGCCUCGACCCGCCGCGACGCGUGGGCGCCGAUCGAACGCGACGAGUUCGGUGACAACGCUUUAAGCGUAGAUCUCGACCAAGACGAACGCUUAAAACUCGUCGCGCACGUCUUGGACGAGGAUCACAUGCCCGUGUUCGUCGAGGCUGCGCGCCAGGAGCUCAAGCGACAAAAUUUCUCUCGAGCGCGCGAUUUAUUCGGGAAGACUGGAAAGCCACUCAAAGAUUUCAUCUCGCUGAGCUUAGAGGCGUGGGAGGCGUCGCAAGCACUGACGAACUUCCACGGAAAAUCAGUCGAGGCGUACGGAGGACAGGCGAACCUUUCGUGGUUGAAGACGGCCGCCGCCGCGCACGCGCAUUUGCACGCGUGGUGCGAAGCGUCGAACGCAGUCGCGUACAACGCCGCCGCGCACGAUUUGGGAGAAUCGAUUCAAGCGAAGCUCCAAAAGUUGAACCUGAAAGAAGAACGCUCCCCUGAACAAGCGGUGAAGGAUCUUUUGCGCGUCAUCGGUGAAGGUAUCGAAGCCACCAAAGACGCGGGCGUGCAGCGCGACGUGGCGUGCUCGGCGAGCGCCGCCGUCGUCGCGUUCGAGGCUGCGAACGCGGUGAGCACAUCCGUGAUCUCGUCGUGUGCGGCGAACGAGUACUCAGAUCGAAUCAAAACGUUAUUCACCAUGCUGUUGUCCUCAUCAUCCACCGUUGAGAGCUUGCACAUGCUCGGUGGCGUCACAGCGAAUUUGAUGACGCAAGCAGCCGAGCACAGCGGCGGCACCGUGCGUACUUGGGAGUCCAAACCACUCGUGUUUUGGGAUCCGAAUGUCACGUACUACGUCAUCGCUACGCAGACGAUGGAAAAUCUGUACGACAUCGUUCAUGUGCUCGGUUUGGACAGCGACACGACGGACACGUGCGAGGCGUCGCCCUUGGAACUUGUGUACGACAUGUUGACGAGAGAUGAGCUGCGCUCGCUCGCGGAUAUGGCGCGCGAGGCGAAAAAUCUUGGCGUCACCGGUGCAGCUGAAAUCGAGCUAACGAUACUUUUGUACUUGGACGACGAAAACGCUCUUGCCGAGCGCAUCGAAGUCAUGUUGGAAGACGAUCCAAAGUUGUUUGGUUGGAUCGCGUCCAAGUGUCUGGACAAGCGAAAGUUUCGCAUCACCGAGUUGGCAGCGUCACAGAUGGAAGACUUUGCCACCGCCGCUAUGUGCCACGUGGCCGCUGUUCAAAAGCUCGCCGCUGUGGGCGAGACGUCGCCGUCAACCUUACAGGCUGAGCUCGAGCUGGGCGUCGAGACGUACGUCGCGCGGGUGGUCGACACGCGCGCGCAAGUGAAAUCAAUCGAAGACGUAGCACGAUGCUGGCAAAGGAAUGGAUUGCCUAUCGACGAACUCGAACGUUUGUUUCUUGACGUACUCGUCUCUCAAGGUCACGCAGAGGCUAUGCAAGUUGUACUGCAAAGUGAUCUCGGAUUUCAAUUCAGCGGUCAAUUCAUUCUCGCCGUCGCGACGAAACGAGUAGCCGAGGACGAGUCAAAGUAUUCUUCGAAGGAUGGCGCUACAAUCGAAAGCGUUUGGUUGAAAAUCAAGCAAGAUCUAGCAUCUCGCCUGGAUUCCCCCGAGUUUGUUCAAACGCGAGCUUUCGACGCGAUGGAACUGGACUCUCUGACUUCAGUCGACGGUGCGCAGUGCUGGGCAUUCACGUGCGGACACCGCUACGGCUCUGAAGAGUUGCAGCGCGAAGUCAACGACGCAAAGGCGAGAUUGAAGAUUCUGGAUUUACCCCUGUCGUCCAUGUUACUCGAAAGCGACUAUAAAUUGCAAAAGUGCGCGGUCGCGUGUCCAAACUGUGUGUCUUACGCCGUCGAGCACUACGUCGAAGUGCGUCGCAACACGAGGGGCGCCGCGUAG